CAGCUUCCUCCGCGGCAGCCUCCGCCGGAGACGGUUGGAAGAGCCGUUGUGGGGGCGCUACUCGAGGAGAGCGAGUCCUUCCUCCGGCCGGACCCCGCGGGCGCUGCAGUCGCUUGACAGGGUAUCUGAAGUAACAGGGGCAUUUAAUCAAACGGUAUUGAGAUGGAUUGGGUUAUGAAACAUAAUGGUCCAAAUGACGCUAGUGAUGGGACAGUGCGACUUCGUGGACUGCCAUUUGGUUGCAGCAAAGAGGAAAUAGUUCAGUUCUUUCAAGGGUUGGAAAUCGUGCCAAAUGGGAUAACAUUGACGAUGGACUACCAGGGGAGAAGCACAGGGGAGGCCUUCGUGCAGUUUGCUUCAAAGGAGAUAGCAGAAAAUGCUCUGGGGAAACACAAGGAAAGAAUAGGGCACAGGUAUAUUGAGAUCUUCAGAAGUAGCAGGAGUGAAAUCAAAGGAUUUUAUGAUCCACCAAGAAGAUUGCUGGGCCAGCGACCAGGACCAUAUGAUAGACCAAUAGGAGGAAGAGGGGGUUAUUAUGGAGCUGGGCGUGGAAGUUAUGGAGGUUUUGAUGACUAUGGUGGCUAUAAUAAUUAUGGCUAUGGAAAUGAUGGCUUUGAUGACAGAAUGAGAGAUGGAAGAGGUAUGGGAGGACAUGGCUAUGGUGGAGCUGGUGAUGCAAGUUCAGGUUUUCAUGGUGGUCAUUUUGUACAUAUGAGAGGAUUGCCUUUUCGUGCAACUGAAAAUGACAUUGCUAAUUUUUUUUCACCACUAAAUCCAAUACGAGUGCAUAUUGAUAUUGGAGCUGAUGGCAGAGCAACAGGAGAAGCAGAUGUAGAGUUUGUGACACAUGAAGAUGCAGUAGCUGCCAUGUCUAAAGAUAAGAAUAACAUGCAACAUCGAUACAUUGAACUAUUCUUGAAUUCCACUCCUGGAGGUGGCUCUGGAAUGGGAGGUUCUGGAAUGGGAGGCUACGGCAGAGAUGGAAUGGAUAAUCAGGGUGGUUAUGGAUCUGUUGGAAGAAUGGGAAUGGGGAACAAUUACAGUGGAGGAUACGGAACUCCUGAUGGCCUGGGUGGUUAUGGUCGUGGUGGUGGAGGCAGUGGAGGUUACUAUGGGCAAGGUGGCAUGAGUGGAGGUGGAUGGCGUGGGAUGUAUUAGAGCAAAAACCACCAACAUAAUAGUCCUGACAACAGAAUCUGGUCUACUAGACUUUCUUACAGAUUUAAUUUCUUUUGUAUUUUAAGAACUUUAUAAUGACUGAAGGAAUGUUUUCUCAAAUCUCAUUUGGUAAAGCAACAGAUUGUGAUGGGAAAAUCUGUUUCUGUAGGUUUUAUUUGUUGCAUACUUUCACUUAAAAUAAAUUUUUAUAUUCAAACCA